AUGUCUCUCCGGACCCCUCUCCGCGGACUACACCUCUCCCGCUCUUUAUACAAGCCCUCAAUCGCUCGUCCACUCCCACUCCGCACCCUGACCACCUCCGCCCGGCCCCGACUCACCUCCGCACCCAGACUCACCACCACACCAACACCAACACCAACAAUCUCACGAACCUACACUUUCAACUUCACCCCCACACUCAAAAACAAAUCCUCAUAUUCAACAACAUCGUCCAAACCCCCCGCCGACCAAAUCAUCGACGAACUCCAAGAACUAUACGAAGUCGCAAAAGACGAAUUCGAAAUCGCCACAGAAAGUACCGACUCGGCGACCAUCUACGCAGCGUCGGACCGGGAGUCGGCGCGCGAUGCUCUGAAUGAACUCAUUGCCGUGUAUACGGUGUACACGAGGGAUAUGUCGUUUGUGAGCCAUUCGCCGCAGGGACAGGUGGAUGUGGAUACGGGGUUGGAUCCGGGAAGUAUUGGGGAUGAAGUCCGUGAGGAGGUGAGGAGGAGGGUGGGGACGAGGGUUAGGGAGAUUGUGGGGGCUGUGGAGAGUUUGGAGGAGAGGGCUUCUGCUGAGUGAUUUGUAAUAAUGUGUUUAUGGUUGUGUUUGGGGGUGGGAUGUGUGUAUGAUAGUGGUGGUGAUAUUUAGGGUUGGAAUGAGGGAUUGAAUGGAGGUUGUGGUGGUGGUGUGUCAUUAGAUGUGUGUGGUUAUAUGAUACUACUUAGUAGGCAGGGGCUGUUCAACUCGUGUAGGAUAAUAUAUACUAAGCAGUAGGUAGUAGUAGUUGGUAUAGGUGUCGUCCACUCAUAAUGUUCUUU